AUCCAAUUAAACUUAUACAAAUAAACGUAAAACAGCAAAUAGUUUCACGUACUAACAAAAUAACUAAGUCAAAACUAACGACAAAUUAAAGGCUUUCACAAUUUUUUAUUUAGCAAUUGUGUUGAAGUAGCGAUCUCUUAGUACGGCGUUAAAGCCCCUUUCGACCAUUGAUACGGCGUCCGUGAGGGAGGAACGGAGGCUGUUCGCGUGGUCUAUUACAUUGUCGACCGUCAAAGGCGACGCGCGUUUAUUCGCGACUACUCUAAUACAAAAUAACUUGUAAUAUAAUCGGAAUUUUCUAAGUUAAAGUGUAUAUCAAAAUAUAAGAGGCAUUUCCAUUGUGUAGUGCAUUAGAUGACAGUUGCGGGAAGUGUCGACCAGUGCAUCGGUUAGUGAAAAAUGGUGCUAAAUACGAGAUUGAUCGUAACUUGCUGCGUGCUUCUUUGUAUAAGACAAAUCAACACAUCGCCAUACGCAGAGGGGUCGUCUGAGUCAUCCGAGGCGUCUACUGAGGCGCAUCUCGUGUCGGCGUCGGCGGAGCUUCACGAAGGCUCCGGAGAUGAUCCGCCUGGGAUAGGUGUCACCUCAUCAAUAAAGAACGAGACGAGAGAAGCUCUUAAAUCAGACGGCAGUGAACAAGAUCCGGUGGUGUUUGUAUCAGAGAAGAACAGCUACAUACCAGUGAGCAUAAAGCCGCGGUCUCCAGCGAGCGAGGUGGCGUGGCGAGAGCCGCCUGCCUGGGAGCGAGAGUACCGUCGUCAACGCACCAACGGCAGCAGAGUGCAAUAUAUCGAAGCGGAAUGUCAGGAUGACUUUAUGAAGAUCAAAGUCGGUUUCAACGGAUCCUUUAGCGGACUUGUUUACUCAGCAGGGUAUUCAUAUGACCCGGAUUGUAUGUACAUCAAUGGUUCUGGACGAGAAUACUACGAGUUCUACAUACAACUGAACCGUUGUGGUACUCUCGGGAGAAACGGACAGCAUGAAGACACGAAGAAACAUCCCACUAAGAACUUGAUGUGGAACACGAUCACGGUGCAGUACAAUCCGCUGAUAGAGGAAGACCUUGACGAGCACUUCAAGGUCACCUGCGAGUACGGAUACGACUUCUGGAAGACAGUCACCUUCCCAUUUCUUGAAGUAGAGGUGGCGACAGGCAACCCAGUAGUGUUCACACUACAGCCGCCAGAGUGCUACAUGGAGAUCCGCGGCGGGUACAGCGCGACCGGCGCGCGGAUAGCCGGCCCCGUGCGCGUCGGCGACCCCCUCACACUGCUCAUAUACAUGCGCAGUUCAUAUGACGGAUUCGACAUUGUAGUGAACGACUGUUUCGCACAUAACGGCGCGGGCAAGCGUAUACAAUUAAUAGACGAGUCCGGAUGUCCAGUGGAAGAAAAGCUGAUCUCACGUUUCCGAGGCUCGUGGUCUGAGUCAGGUGUGUACGAGACGCAGGUUUACGCUUACAUGAAGACCUUCCGGUUUACCGGCUCCCCAGCGCUCUACAUCGAGUGUGACGUCAGAAUGUGCCAUGGACGGUGUCCUUCGCAACCGUGCCACUGGCGUAACAUGAAGAGUGUACGGCGGCGUUCGGUCGCAGGGCGCGAGGGCGCUGCGGGGGUGGAGGGGCAGGAGGGGGCGGCGCCGCGACUCUCAGAGAACAUCUCCCUGUUCCAAUCACUGCGAGUCCUGCAGGAGGACGAGGAAGAUGCCGAAAUGGCUCCCAGCACAGCUUCUACUGAUGGUCAGACUUGCAUCAGAUCGUCAGCGUUGUCCGCGUUGGUGGCGACGUGUGGCGCAUUGGUGGCGGCGCUGUGCGGCGCGCUGCUCGUACUGGCGCGCGGCCGCCGUCACACCGCGCCAACUGACACCGCACACGCAUACGUACCGCAUAAAGGACGGAUUAAAUAGAAAAUUGUGUACUGUGUGAUUGAGGACUUGGAACCGAUUAGUGCUAAAUAGUCCCAUAGUGAGACUUUGUAUGUAGUAUGGUAAGGUUUUACUGUAUGUAACCAUCGAAUUUCGAAUGGUGUGGUUGUAAUUUAUUUCCAUAGAUUUAAUAGUAAAUGAACUUCUUAAAUGAAAUUUAAGUAUGACACUAAGAUCAAGUUAAUAUUUCCCGCCAUAAAAUGUUUU